AUGGACGAGAGGCAAAAUCUGAUUGCGAAAUAUAUCCAGAAAAAGACCGAGCAUGACGACCUUGAACAAAAAGUCACUGCUUUAAAAGAAACAGUCGCAAAGCAGAAGCUAGAAUUCGCAAAGACAGAAGACGACUUAAAAGCAAUUCAGAACGCCGGGCUUAUCAUCGGAGAAGUUCUCAAGCAAAUUGACGAUGAAAAGUACAUUGUCAAAGCUUCAAAUGGUCCUCGAUAUGUUGUCGGAGCCAGACCAAAGCUUGACAAAGCAUUGCUAAAGCCAGGCACGAGAGUUUCCUUAGACAUGACCACUCUCACAAUCAUGCAAAAGCUGCCUCGUGAAGUCGACCCAAUGGUUUUCAAUAUGAUGAACGAAAACCCAGGUGACGUCCCUUAUUCUUCAGUAGGUGGCUUAUCUGAGCAGCUUCGAGAACUCCGAGAAGCAAUAGAGCUCCCCAUCACAAACCCAGAAUUAUUCCAAAGAGUAGGCAUCAAGACACCUAAAGGAGUCCUUUUAUAUGGUCCUCCAGGUACUGGAAAAACUCUGAUUGCCAGAGCUUUGGCUUGCAAUGUUGAGGCAAAAUUCAUGAAAGUGGUCGCUUCAGCCAUUGUUGACAAGUAUAUAGGAGAAAGUGCAAGGGUCAUCAGAGAAAUGUUUGCCUAUGCCAGAGAGCAUCAGCCCUGCAUCAUCUUUAUGGACGAAAUUGAUGCCAUAGGAGGCAAGCGAUUUUCAGAAGGAACUUCUGCUGACAGAGAAAUCCAGAGAACUCUUAUGGAACUUCUUAAUCAAUUGGACGGAUUUGACGAGUUAGGAAAGGUUAAAAUGGUCAUGGCAACUAACAGGCCUGAUGUGCUUGACCCAGCUUUAUUAAGACCUGGAAGAUUGGACAGAAAAAUUGAAAUCCCUCUGCCCAACGAAGUCGCAAGAGUCGACAUUUUGAAGAUCCACGCACGAUCAAUCAGAAAAAGUGCAGAAAUCGACUAUGAAGCAGUAGCCAAGCUGUGCGAAGGAUUCAACGGCGCUGACAUGAGAAAUGUCUGCACAGAAGCUGGGAUGUUCGCAAUCAGAGAAAUGAGAGACCACGUAGAUCACGAAGACUUCAUGAAGGCAGCCAGGAAGAUCAAGGAGGCUAAGAAGCUUGAAGGAAAGAUCGACUAUAACCCAGUUUAA